AUGAAUUAUAUCAAGCUCCAACUCUCACUAGUCGAGUACUUUGAAUCCCUCUUUCCUCCCAACGAGAAACAGUUGGACUACUUUUUAAAACGAGCGCUGAAAGGAGGAUCGCUUACUAUCACGAAGAAAAUACACUCUCAAGUGAAGAACAAGCACACUAUUAGUUCCUUUAAAGCACUUCUUUUAUAUCAUCAUUUGUCGAAAAAUGGCGUCACAUCAAUAUACGGCCAAAUCCCUUUAUUGGUCUACUCUAAAGGUAUCGAACCAUUCCAACCAGACUAUUCUAAAUUGAUGACAUGGGGAGAAAUGUACUCUAAUGUGGUGGAUAAGGACUUACAGUUUCAUAAGAAGUACAAUUGCUUUGAUGGAAGGUUUCAAUUUGUCACUGGGACGACAUUCCCAGACCAUUUGAAUAACAGAGAAAUGUUAAAUCUACUCGACGAAGACAUCUUUAACUUAUUCAAAGAGUUCAACACGUUCUUAAUAACUUGCUUUAACCAAAAAGCAGAGAACGUCUUCAUCACACAAGCCCUUGAAUUCUGCUCAGAUGAAGUAUUUAACUUAUUUGGACUUCUUGAAAAGGUCACUACGGCUCUUUUUGAAAUAACUCACGAAGAGAAUGAAACUCAUCUGAAUUGGUGUUUCUCUCAACUGGACUUCGUCAGAAACAAUUUGAGUACCAUCGGAGAGACUCAACUCGAUAUGUCAAAGGUCGUCAGACAAAAUAUUAAAAAUUUGAAAAUGAAAGAGAAACUCGAGAAGGAGAAAGUUAAAGCGCAAAAAGCAGAGAAAGACGUCAAAGCACCAAAAACUCGAAAAAGUAGCAAAAUAGAGAAAUUUGAAAAGGUCGAAAAACAUCGCGAAGAGGAUGAGGAUCAAAAACAUAAAUUCUUCAAUGAAGAAUUCACUCAAUUGGAAAUCCCUCAACAGGUAUUCAGCCAAAAUUCAUUCUCAAAAGGUUCUAAUAAACUCGAGUGUACCAUCAUCGCCGACUAA